AUGGCGGACCCUCUUUCGAUCCUAGGUGCCGCGCUGGGCGUGGUAUCUCUUGGCCUACAGGUACGCGAAGAGAUCACCUCAUACUGCAAAGCGUGGCGAGGCGCAGAGGAAGAAAUCCAAGAAAUCGCCAAUAAAGCCGAGAGCCUAGAAGGCCCACUCAAGGCUCUUCGAGAAAUUAUCCAAGAAUCACAGCUCUCAAAUCCUGGUAUCGCUUACGAUCUUCAGAAUAAGAUCCAGAGUAUCCGCGGAGGUAUACAGAAGGUCCAAAAUGCGGUCGAUCUGUGGAAACCCGCCCUAUCCGCCAAGGGCUUCGGCGAGAAGAUGCGUGCGCAGAGAAAGAGAGCGGCAUAUCCAUUUCGGAAAGAGGCUUUACGGGCUUUGGCCAAUGAUUUGGAUAGUCUCCAGAUGGGACUGCAGACUACUCUCCACGUGUUUUCGGCUCAAAAUACGCGACUGAUCCCGUCUUUGGUAUUGGCCCAGGGGAAAUUGCUUCGCGAGGUUCAAUCAAUGCACCUUGAAUUGCAACAUAUAUCGAAACUUUCUUCGCCACCACCGCCAGAACUACUGCAAACUUGGUGUGAUGAACAAAAGCACGCGAUCAACACAAAGCGAGAACUCGAACAUGAACUCGGAGAGACCGUGGCCGUGUUCGACUCCAGGACUCGAGGCAAAGGGUCCUAUAGCUAUUAUAGCCGCCUCUUGAAUAUCACCAUAUCGGCCUCCUUUUUCAUGACUAGGGGUGCUGGAGGGUUUUCAAUCGCCCCUUCGCUCACUCUCCGCGUGCCCCUAUCCCCCAAUCACCCUGGUUUCUUUUCCAUUUAUAUACACGGGCUUAGCGCGAAAUCCCAGCGCCCCGAGGAAUUUGUCAAUAACAUAAUAGACCUGCUAAAACACCUUUUCACUACCGGGCAAGCGAGUCCAUCGGACCUAGGCUCGGAUGGCAAUUCCUUUCUGGACGCUGCGUGUUUCGCAUUCUUGUGUAGUUCGCAAUGGCAUCCAGAUGCCUAUGUUCAUUUCGCGAGGCUAUUCGCCUUCCUGAUUAACAGUGGCGCGCCGCUUAGCACUUCCACCUCACUGGGUGGAACGGGGUUGGACAAGUUCAUCGGCGCUGUAAAGCUCAAUGCGGAAAAGUCUCGGAUGCUUACGCGUCUCGCUCAUCGUGGAGGCAUUGUCACUGUGCGCGGUGCAUUACAAUCCCCAAUAAGCAAAGCGAACCUACGGCAGGUUCUCGUUGAAAAUGAAGAAGUCGUCGAUAUUCCCGACAUUGCCAAAGCCAUCAUCCAAGAGUCCGAACAUGAUCUCAGUGUCGAACUUCUCUCCGGCCGCGCUUCUCCAAACGAUAUCAUCGGCAAUACCGCAUUAAUCCAGCUCGCCGUAGGAUGGCCCAGAGGGAUAGAAAUCCUAGCAGAUGCGGGAGUCAAUUUGCAUAGGAGUUACCCAUUAUCUCCAUUGCACAUGGCAAUGCGCGAACGCAACUACCAAUCAAGCAAGGCACUGCUAGAGGCCGGUCAUCCACUAAAGCCUGAUGAUAUCUGCGCGGCGGAGUCUCUGAAUGACGGUAACAAAGUGACAAAAGUUCUUAUCGCAGAAUUAUCAAAGCGACGCAAGCGACUUGCCAUAAUCGCCCAAGCCAACAUGUCACAGAUCGACGUUGCGGGAAUCGGACUAAUUGACUCGGACUUCCUCCCUUCAUCGAUUCCCGAUAUCGUCGCGUCUAAAAUAUUCCUUGCGCUGAAAAAACGCGGUGUCAAUAUUGACCCUUCACUCGAAGUUGCAGAGCCUUCGAUGUCCGUAUAUCAUCAACCCUUCCGAAAGAUAGACACGCUUGACCUACUCUUCGAGCACGGCUUCACAGACAUCGACGCAAGAGAUUCUUCCGGCAAAACACCCCUCAUGACAAUGAUUUCCUCGUCGGGUAUUUUCGAAUCAUCAAAUAAGAGACGGCGAUGGCUUAUUUCCAAAGGCGCCGAUCCCACCCGAUCACUUCCUUGGGGUAAUAAUAGUGGGGGCACCGUUCUCCAUUUACUCGGCACUUGUCUAGCCAGCAUGUUAGCUCGGGAAAUAACGCAUACAGCUACAUCAGAGCUUCGCGAGUUCCAAUCUCCAGAGUCCGAUUCUGAAGAAGACCCUUUAUUUGACUUGCGCUAUGCCCUCCGGGCCCCGUGUCGAGAUAAUUGUCUAUGUGCUUGUUCAAUGGGCGGGUGUACUCCGCUACUAGCGGCUCUACGACACCUUCUUCUCCGCUACACGCCUAGGUUUUACAUGAAAGACGGGGUGAAUCGACUACCCGGAGCCAUGAAUUUUCUUAUUUCGCGAGCGGAGAGAAGUGUCGAUAUUCAGAUUUCUGUUAUUAGGCUCAUUACGUUUGAUGCACUGGAUCUCACGCAUACAUGUUGUCGCAAAAGUGAUACUUUCGCGGACGAUCGGCUCCAAUACAUGGAGAAAGCUGAAGUUGAUGAAAUUCGAGACGAAGAGUCGCUUCUACUGGAAGAAUUCGAGUCUCUGCUCGACGAUCUUGUUGCUGAAUUCCAACGGCUGGGUCUUCCUAUCAUAGAGUUUUUGCAGGGGCCUUGGUACAGAAUGGUCUUGGGACAUAUCAAUCGACUGGGCACGUAUGAUGAAAUUCACAUGAGCGAGGUGCGGGGGAUUGGAUUGAAGCUGCAAGCAACAGAUGAUGUGUCGGGAAAAGUAUCCCUGAUGCUAGGGUCGAAGGUGUUAGAAAUCGAAGACUGA